AUGGGGCCGGCCGUGGGGCGGGCGCUGCUGCUGGCGGCGCUGCUGGGGGGUGCCGCGGCCUUCCGCAUCGGCGCCUUCAACGCGCGGCGCUUGGGGGGCGGCAAGGCGGCGCGGGACGACGUGCGGGGGGCGCUGGGGCGGAUCAUCACCCGCUGCGACAUCAUGGUGCUGCAGGAGGUAACGGACACCAAGGGGCAGGUGGUGCCCCUGCUCCUCAACACCCUUGACAGCACGGCGGGCCCUGGCGCCUACCAGGCCCUGAGCAGCCCCCCCCUGGGCCGGGGAUCCUACCAGGAGCGCUAUGUCUACUUCUACCGGCCGGGCCGGGCCCAGCUCUGGGACUGGUUUGUGUACGAGGACACCCACCCACAGCGCCCCGAUGUCUUUGCCCGGGAGCCCUUCGUGGCCCGCUUCAGCCUGCCCAGCCCAGGUGAGCGGUGCCCAGACGCCAGGGCCCCCCGCUGCCGGGCAUUGGGCCCCCCCACUCCUGGAUGCCGGGGCCCCCUGACGCCUUCCCCCCGCCCCCCAGCGCUGCCGGAGCUAGUGCUGGUGCCACUGCACGCGGCACCCGGGGCGGCUGAGGCUGAGAUCGAUGCCCUCCACGACGUCUACGAGCGGGUGCGGGAGCGCUGGGGCCAGCAGGAUGUGCUCUUCCUUGGCGACUUCAACGCAGGCUGCGGCUAUGUGGCCGCCAGCCGCUGGGGCCGGAUCCGGCUGCGCCAUGACCCGCCGUUCCGCUGGCUGCUGGGGGACGACAGCGACAGCACCGUGCGGGGCUCUACGCACUGCCCCUAUGACCGGGUGGUGGUGGCUGGUGAGCGCAGCCAGAGCCUAGUGGUGCCGGGCUCAGCCAGAACCUUCAACUUCACGGCACACUUCGGGCUGACCGAGGAGCAGGCGCUGGCGGUGAGUGACCACUACCCGGUGGAGGUGGAGCUGGCGCUGGACGGAGCCUGGGGGGGGCCCCAGCAUCCCCCGCUGGCCCUGCUGCUGGGCCUGGGGGGGGCCCUGCUGAGGCUGCCCUGAGCCCCUGGAUGCCUGGGCCUUCCCCCUAGGCCAUAAAAAUAAAAAGAGCCUGUGGAAAUCUC